AUACAUGUUGAACGCACUAAUAAUACGUUAAAGAUAGAAGUAUCACACAUGAUUUCGGAGUUCACAAAUGUUAUUAAAAGAUUAAUAAUUGAGGGAAUGAAUGUAUUUCAAUUUAUAUUUUAUAUUGUAAUUAUUUUCAAUGAUUAAAAGAUUAGAUUAAAGAAUUAAUCGGAAUAUAGCUCUCGUAAAUCAAUUCCGAAAUCCUUAAAAAUGGUUGGAUAUUGUUAUGUGUGCAAAAUAGGAAUAAAAGCAAAGGAUUAUUUAUCCAUUCAUCGAUUACCAAAAGACAAACUUGUUAGAGAAAAAUGGUUUCAAUUUAUUGGUCAUAAAGCUAGUACAAACAGUGGAAUUUGUAGUGGACAUUUCAAGCAAUCUGAUUUCAUUUAUAAAAUAUAUGGAGGUGCUGUUCGAAGAUAUCUUAAACCAGGAGCUUAUCCAUCUAUAGAAUGUGAUUCCCAAAAUACUAAACAAGAUGUUAAAAUCAAUAGUAACAGUGAAAAUAGUAAUGAUUGGAUAUUACAAGAAGACAAUGAUAUAUAUGAAAGCAAAUCAGAUACAGAGAAUUUAAUUGAUAUUCCAUUGGAAUGUUUUAAACAGGCUACAGUUUUAGAUGAUCCCUUAGCUAUUACAAAUUUUGAUGCUAAUUUUGAAACAAAUAUACCAUUAGGAGAUGAAACACAAGAAUGUAUAAACAUAGAUAAAACAAAAAUAAACACAGAAAGUUUAAGGCAUGCGGAUAUUCAAUUAAAAAGUGAUAAAAAUAGAAUGUGA